UAUAGAAGUUGAUCAGCCCCGUCGUUUCCAGAACCUUGAGCGGCUCUUGUUCUUUUCAUUUCCUUGACAGCGCCUUCAUUGAGGAUUAAUGCGACGAGAGGUUGUCGGCCGUUUUUUUUCUGUUUCUCCGCCUUGACUGUUGAUUCAGUCCUUGCAUUCUUUUAUCUUCCUACGCCCAUCUUUCACUUCUUGCUCUCUUUUACUCCUUUUCCCCUUUUACUCAACCAAACAACCCAAAACCACAACAACGCUCCUUUUUGAGUGGUUCGAGCAGGCUCGUUCUUCAGCAUGCUUUCCCGUGUAAUCUUCCUGGCCUUCGCGGCCGCAACAGGCCUGGUCGAGGCUGGGUUCAUCGCCAACCCCGACGCUAUCUUCUCACCAGGGGCGUUGCUCGCACGUCAGCAGGGCAGAGGGAAAGCCAACGGCGGCGGCGGUCGGGGCGGCGGCGGCGGCGGCGGCGGGGGCGGCGGCGGCGGAGGAAAUAACGCCGGCCAGAACAACAACGCCGGCCAGGGCAACGGCGGCCAGAACAACAACAACAACAACGGCGGCGGCGCCUGUCUCAAUCAGGCCGUUAAGCAGUCGGCCAGCAACACCGACGGCCAGGAGCAGGGCACCGAGGGCAUCAAGGCGGGCCAGGCCAAGUCGCAAAAGGAUGCCAACAACUUCAUCAACUUCUGCGUCGGCAAGGGCCCGUCCACCAACGGCAAGCAGAUCAAGAGCGGCUCGUGCAACUCGACGCCCAUGGGCCAGAUUCCGGCCUCGAACAAGAUGAUCUCAGUCGUCAUCACCAACCCCAAGACUGGCGACAAGCUCCCGCAGGGCCAGACCUUCAAGAUCAACGUGCAGACUGCGAACAUGCAGCCCGGCAGCUUCACCAACCCGACCACCACCUACUACACGGCGCCCCAGGCCCUCAACGGGCAGGGCCAGGUCAUCGGCCACGUCCACGUCAGCGUCCAGAACAUCGGGAACCUUAACCCCAACCAGCCCCCGAACGCCGAGCAGUUCGCCUUCUUCAAGGGCAUCGACGAGGCCGGCACCAACGGCCUCGUCUCCGCCGACGUCACCGGCGGCCUCCCCGCCGGAACCUACCGCGUCUGCACCAUCACCUCCGGAUCCAACCACCAGCCCGUCUACAUGCCCGUCGCCCAGCGCGGUCCCCAGGACGACUGCACCAAAUUCGAAGUCGUCGCCAACGGCGGCGGCGGCGGUGGUGGCGGCGGUGGCAACGGUGGUGGUGGCGGCGGCGGCAACGGUGGCCGGGGCGCACAGCAGGGCAAGAACAACGCACAAGGUGGUCGUGGUCGUAGGGCCUAGUUUUUUAUUUUUUAUGACGGGCCAGGCCAAGGUAGACGGUCUGCUCCCUUUUGUUGUGCCUAUUACCCCUGUAGUUAGUUCUCUGGCUUACACAGCCAGACGUCCUCUUGUUGCCGGGGCUGCCCUCGCGCCCCGGCCACUUUUCGUAUUCUUCCAGUCGUUCGAUACGUUGCCUUUGCCUGUCCUUAUGUUAAAGUCCCUUUCCUAAAAAUGUUAAACGCAUGUGUAUCUAAUGAUAUUUAACGUUCCCUACAA